AUGGCUACCACGAUCAACUGCAUCCGUGCGUGUCCUUGGGCUAAGGUUUUAGUACUGAUGUGGCUCGUACAGCUCGCCACCGGUGAAGUGAGUUCCGUAUGCAAGAAGAUACCUGCGAUAGCAGCAGAAGACAGCGAAGAAAAGUGCUGCAACAUCCCCGAAAUGUUCCCGAACGAGACGCUUCACGCAUGCAUGGGAGAAUUCGAACAGUCCAGUGUGUCGCAACUGCAGAAAAGCUGCAAAUUUGCCACCUGUGUGCUGAAGAAGCAGAACCUCGUAAAGGCCGACAACCGUUUGGACGCGGAACAGAUCAAGGCGUACAUCAAGGACAAGGUAAAGGCAUCGGACGAAUGGAAGAGUCUGAUCGAGAAGGCGGUACUGCAGGAGUGUUUGCCGAUGGUGGAGAAGGACAAUGCGAUGGCGAAGCAGAUGAAGGAAGCGCUCAGCGACUGUGACCCAAUAGCGGGCCUGACAAUGGCGUGUGCUGCUGCCAAGCUGUACUCAAACUGUCCCACCAAGGAUUGGACCGGAAGUCCCUUGUGUGACGAGUGGAAGACAUUCUUGUCGAAGUGUUCCACCACGAUGGAAGAUUUGAACGAAAUGUACAUGCUGGUAGAAUCGCAAAAGAUGUAA